UUUGCUGCCAAGGAGGAUGUAUACCAGAUUAUGUUGGGAAGGUGCACCCUGGCAUGUGGGGCCAGCGGGUCACUUUAAUAUCAUGUAGAGCCAUGAUCCUGACAAUGGGUAAGAACAAAGCAAAGAGGUCCAAGUCAAAGAAUGUGUUUCAAGUGGCCAGCAAAAGGAACAUGAAGGCUAAAAACAAAGCAAAACCAGUCACAAGUAAUCUCAAGAAGAUAAGCAUUAUUAAUGAAGAAAAAAUUAAGUCUAUAAACAAGACACUUGCAGCUAUUCAAGAACAACUCACCCACUUGUCAAAAGGAAUCACAACUGAAGGUCCACAGAGACAUCUGAUUCCUAAGCAUCCUAAAGGAGAACUGACAGGCAUUGAAGAUGCUCUAAGAUUAAUGGCUCUGUUGUGAUCCCUAAAGGAAGCACUGUGCACCUUAAAAGAUUCACUUGCCAAUUAGGUCUGUUUGUACAAUUUUAUUUUAUUAAAAAAUCUUGUUAAUGUACAGGCAUUGGCACAUUUUAAUAUAAACUACAUAGAAAGCUUUCCUAAAAUCUAGGAAAGUGGAAUGUCA